GCCCUUUCGCUGUGUGUGUGUGUGUGCGUGUGCCGUCGCGAAUGUCGAGGGCGAGGAUGACCGCGGAGCGGCCACGACCGCGGGCCCCCGGGCGCCCUACGCCGAGCAAUGACCACAAAUGCGUGACCCUGCGGCACCGACACCACCCGCCCGCCGGGCAGGCCAUGUUUUUGUUUUCGUCGUGAUGGUGCUGACGACGGGGCUGCUGGAGGCUCCCAGGCCAUCCGCGCUGGUCGGCGCCAUGCCCGUGCAGCCCGCCACCGUCCUCGUCCCCGCCCCGGCCCCAGCCCCGGCGGCUCCCCCGGGGGCGGCCCCGCCGGCGACGGACGCGCGUGACUGCGGAUCGUCUUCGUCCUCGUCCUGCGGCUCGUACAGCGACCACGAGGACAACGAGGACGAGCCGCCAGCGCGCCUCACGCUCCAGGAUGACGCGGUCCCCGCCACCGACGCGUCCGCCUCCGAGUGGGAGGCGAGCGGCGAGGAGGGCGAGGCCGGCGAGGACAGCUGCGACGGGGAGGGCGAGGACCGCGACGACGGGGGUGGCGUGCACUCAGUCGAGGACCUCGCCGGGCCACCGAGGGGAACCACCACCGGCCCCGUGACGGCGAGCAAGACCGCCUCAAGAUCAUCAUGGGUGGCCACGGUCCUCGGCCGGAUCCUGCGGCCUUUCAAGUGGAAGUCCACCUCCGGCCUCCACCUGCAGGGCAGACCGGGUGAGCAGCUGGGCCCGAGGAGGGCGUCGUUGUGCGCGCUCCCGAAGGUGCCGCCGGCCGCGUCGCCAGCGCAGCACGCGCAGCACGCGCCACCCGACAGGAGGAUCCCGCUGAAGAAGCGCGAGCAGAAUGUCCCGCUGGCCAGCAGGAGGAAGAGGAGGCGGAGGAGGAGGCCGCUGUCGCUGUGCACCGCCAACUGCCGCUACGAUGUGGUGCGCAGGGUGUCCAAGCGCUUCGGCAUGAAGGACGUCUCCGAGGACGAGCCGUGGAACCUGUACUGGACGGACCUGUCCAUCUCCCUGGAGCGGUGCAAGGACAUGAAGAGGUUUCAGAAAAUCAACCAUUUCCCCGGCAUGGCUGAGAUAUGCCGGAAGGACCUGCUGGCGAGGAAUCUGAACAGAAUGCUGAGACUUUUUCCAAAAGACUACAACUUUUUUCCGAAGACAUGGUGCCUGCCUGCAGACUUGGGUGAUCUAAAUACUUACGCUAGGACGAGAAGGAAUCGAACAUACAUUCUGAAGCCGGACACUGGAUGCCAGGGGAAAGGAAUAUACCUGACGAGGAGUGUACGCGACCUUAAGCCACACACUAGAAUGAUUUGCCAAGUGUACAUUGCCAGGCCGUUUUUGGUCGACGGUUUUAAGUUUGACAUGCGUGUUUACACGCUGGUGACCUCCUGUGACCCGCUCAGAGUGUUUGUCUACAAUGACGGCCUUGUCAGGUUUGCGACCAGCGCCUACCACGAGCCCAACGGCCACAACACUGCCAACGUGUUCAUGCACCUCACAAACUACGCCGUCAACAAGCACAGCAGGACUUUCAUCGUCGACGAGGAGGCCGGGAGCAAAAGGAAAAUCUCGACCCUCAACAAGUGGCUCGAGAGCAAGAACUACGACGUGGUGGACAUCUGGGCGCGCAUCGACGAGCUCAUCGUCAAGACCCUGAUCGCGGCGCUGCCCGUGAUACGGCACAACUACCACGCCUGCUUCCCCGCGCACGACUUCACCUACGCCUGCUUCGAGCUGCUCGGCUUCGACGUCCUGCUCGACCACAAGCUCAAGCCCUACGUGCUGGAGGUGAACCACUCGCCCAGCUUCCACACGGACGCGCAGAUCGACCGCGAGGUGAAGGAGACGCUGCUCAUGGACACGUUCGGCAUCCUGAACCUCGGCCAGUACGACAAGAGGAAGGUCAUGGAGGAGGACCGGCGGCGCGUGCGGGACCGCCUGCUGCAGAGCAUCGCGCACCGGGACACCGGGUCCGACAGCAACGUGCUGACGGCAGACAGCAACCCGUGGAAGGCGCAGUUUGACUGGGAGGACAGCAACAUGGGCAACUUCCGGCGGGUGUACCCGGUGCCCGACGGGCAGCCGGACAAGUACGAGGCCUUCUUCCACCAGAACCAGAGCUCGCUGUUCCAGGAGACGGCCGCGUCGCGGGCGCGCGAGGAGGCCAGCAGGCAGCAGCGCGACCUGCACGAGGUCAAGCAGAAGGAGGAGGAGGCCCGCCGCUCUAUGACGCUGGCCCGCCGGCGCGAGUACGAGCGGCUGCGGCCCGAGUCCCCCGGGGUGGGCGCCGCGCCCGGCACGCUGCUGAGGAGGAGCAGGAACUCGCGGGGCAAGAGGGGCGCCGCGCAGCCGCCGGCUGCGGGGAAGAAGCUGCACGCCAAGUGCGUCCUCAACUCGUUCCUGCCCGAGGCCAUCGUCGAGGCGGAGGAGUCGGUCCGAGCCGCCGCGCUGCAGGAGCGCGGCCAGCUGGUGCAGAGCAAGGGCAUCGUGCAGCUGAUCUACCAGAUGAUGAAGGAGAACAAGUCCCUCUGCGCCGAGGACCUGCGGAAGUACGCCGCCCUCAACGCCGAGCCGCACUCGGGACACUCCCAGGGGCCGGCGGGCGCCCCCGGCACCAACGGCGGCCCCCGCCGGGAGGACGACGCGCACCGCCUGCCCUCGCUGCUCACCCUCAUCCAGAAGACCACGGGCCAGGGGCACGCCGACAUCAACCGGGGCAAAGGCGUCGUCGAUCCCUACGAGGCGUUGGUGACGGGUCUACCGGGACCGUGCCCCAUUCCACCGGGGGCUGGGCCGACUGGGCCUGGGCCAGCAGGGGAGUCGGCCCCGCUAGUCGCAGCCGCUGUUCCAGCAGUCUCCCUCCCGCUCCGCCCUGCCCUCUGCUCCAGGACACCAGGUUUCGGAAUGACCUGCGCGGAGGCUCCAUUCUGGGUGCGCCCGGGAUUGCGCUCCUCAGAUCUGUGGAGUUCAAACUACAUGCUGCUGUCCAGUCAAGCAGCCCAGGCGGCCCACCAACUCUACACUCAGUCCCAGGGUCAGGCUGUACCAAGAAACACCCGCUCCACUCUGGGGCGACUCGUAUCCACCUCUUUCAAGUUGCACAACCUCGAGAAGCGUCAUCCAAAGCCUCAGGUCCAACAAUUGUGACGACUUUGGCCCAUCUAAGAGUCAGGAGAACUGGAACAGUUGGAAUUUUGAAGCCAAGCAAAUUUGAGUGACUGCUCCUUUUCUCUGCCUCCCCAUGUUCAAAUAAUGUAAAUACAAUUGUAAUAAUUAUGUCAUUUUGCAAAACUGUUCACUGUGACCAAGUUUUAACUAUGUGUGAUAAAAAAUAAACUGUGAAACUUUAUAAAUAAAAUCCCCCUGAGGAAUAAAUAUAUCAAUGAACUGUUCAGAGCCGGAGGUAGUUUAAUUGAAUUUUAGAAGCAGAACAAUUUAAACUACUAACAGAUAUAAAUCAGUGUCAGCUUAUGUGAUUUCUAUACACUUAUCACCCAAGUUUCGGGUGAAAAAUUCGGAUAAAAUUUACAUUCCUAGUUUUAACCAACUGGCCUGGGAACAG